AUGGUGCCAGGAGCCUCCGCUAUCUCUGACAGCCUCCAUCGCUCGGAGAGGCUCAGCCAGACCUGUCAGCCUGCAGAAGGUGCAGAGCCCAGGGACAGGUCUCCCAGCUUCCUUGGACCCUUGGACUUCAACAACAUGGGCGCAUCCCUGAGCACUGACAUGGCCAGGGAAAGCCCACAGGUCCAAGUGGAAGCCCAGCCCGAUCCAGGGGAGCCAUCUCAGGAGCAGGGGGAGGAGCAGCAAGUGUCCUGGAGCCAGCAGCUGCCGGACCACAGCUCCCAGGUGACGGUGCUGGACGUGCCAGCUGGCAACAACCUGUGCCCGGUGGACGAAAAGAUUCCCGGGGGACCAGGGAGUUUCCUCCAUCUUCAGGAAGCUGCUCCCAUACAGCCACCAAAUACCAACAAGGCUUCUAAGCAGGUCAGAGCAAGGUGGCCGGCGCUGGCUGGGGCUGCUGCACAUGCGGACACUUGGGGGGUUCCUGGCAGCAUCAGGCCCUGUGAUGGAGGCAUUGUCUUCUCCUCACAGCCCGACAGCACCUGUGUUCCACAGGAGAUCGUGCUGAUGGAAAAGGUGGGCUUUGGCUGCCGCAGAAUCAUCCAGCUCCUCGACUGGUUCCAGGUGCCUGACAGCUUCGUGCUGGUGAUGGAGCGUCCAGAGCAAUCUUGGGAUCUCUUGCACGUCCUGCUGGAGCAAGAGUUCCUGAGCGAGGAGGCGGCGCGCUGGCUUUUCUGGCAGGUGCUGGAGGCCGUGUGGCACUGCACCGCCUGCAGUGUCCUGCACCGGGACAUCAAGCCAGAGAACCUCCUCGUCAACCCGGAGACUGGCGAUAUGAAGCUGAUGGACUGCGGUUGCGGCACCUUCCUCCAGGAGCGGGUCUUCACACAGUUUGCCGGUGAGCCCAGAGCGCGGGCCCUGCUCCCAGUGCCAGGCACUGCACAGCCCCAUUCCCUCCUGGGCCGCGGGGUGCAGCGUUCAGCCGGCUGUUGGAGAUGGUGUGCGGGUUCCUGCCCUUCGAGAACGAGCGUGACACCGUGUUGGGGCAGCUCUUCUUCCCGCAGGAGGUCUCUCCAGGUUGGUACGCGGCCUGAAGCAGGCAGGCUUUGGCAGGUGGCACCGCGCAGCCCAGCCCGGCCCUCCCGCAGCUGCGCGGGACGUCCAUGUGCCCUCAAGGGCCGGCUGCAGCAGGUGGCCCGUGGCAGGCUGGGUGUGGCACGCUUGGCUGAAGGAGGGGACGCUUGUCCUGCCGUGCCGCUCUCCCGCCAAGGGCAGCUCCCAGCACACGCAGCGUGGCCCGGCUUCUGCAGGCGCCGGGAGCAGCUGG